GCAAGCUUCUUUAAUCAAAGGUUCCUUAAAGCUUUACAUGAAUAGAUUCCAAAACUUACAUGAGUUCUCCCACGAGGAAACAUAAAGCCAGCAGAAAACACAAGAGGGUAGUGAACGAGAGGAACCAGCGACCAGUAAUGGGAAACACUGAGCUUUUAAACUGAGGGAAGUGAAUGUGGAACAAAGGAAUGAGAGGCAAGGCAAUCAGCAGGAAUUAGUCAGGUGUGGACCGGGUAGGCAGGGAGACUGAGGAACAGAUGAACUGAUACAAAACUAAACCAUGGGAGAAGGGACUAAAUAACAAACUCAGGGAAACCGAUCUAAGAAAACUAUAACAACCUAAGAUAUAAGAACUAACAAGGUAACCUGAAGACAUAGGAGGAAGACCUAACUGAAAGUAAACAAACCCAAACAACUAAUGAUGCUGAAAUAAAGCACACACAAGAAUUCAGGAAUAAAUAAGAAAAAUAAACUAUCAAAGCCCCACAGAACAAAAACACAAACCAGAACCCAAAAUGGCAGAACCUGACAAAAGGUUUCUACCACUGAAUUUAGGAGAAACAUCCAGGUUUUAGAAGUCUCACUUUUGGAAAAUAUAUACUUCUAAUAUAGAUAAAUAUUACGGAGCCAUGGUAAAUAUUUAUAUAAAACUCUGUGGAAUUUCUUUUUACCUUUCUGAUAGCUGAUACCUUUGUUCACUGAGAUAAAUCUGAACAUCUGUACCCUCUCUGCAAACCGGGCCUUUAAAUAAAGUCUGCAAAUGAUCAGAUGUCAGAAUAACCCUGCUUGGACAGGCAAACUUUAUUUCAGGUGAAACGUAGUAUUAGUUCAAUGUGUGCAGUAUGCAACAAGACUGCUGCAGCUUUUUGUGUUCAACAUUUUUACCUGAACAGAUUUGUCGGUCUUUUUCGGAUGAAUUGUUCAGGAUAUGUGUCACAUUAAAGGUGGAAAACGUCAUCAUGGUCUCAUUUUAACACGAGUGGAAACACUUUUAAGAUCUGAUGCAAUAAACAACUGCUCCGUGUUCUUCUUUUUUGUCUUUUGCUGUUUCUCAGUAGAAAAAAGCAUAAUGACUUUGUCAAAACAAGACCAAGCCCAGGCUAAUUAAAUGAGGAAUGGUAUUAGUGACUCAUACAGGACAUGGUUGGUCAGAAAACGGGACGACUGUGAAUUGUUUUAAAAAAAUAAAAAUGACAAGGUAAAAAGGUCAAAUACACUCAAGUGUUUAAUUUAGAUCUGAGAAAGCCUUGCAGGAUGCUGGACAGCAGAAGAAACUUAUUGUUGCAGCCACAAAAAAUAAAUGAGCUGGGAAAAUAUCUCCAUCUGAUCUAGUAUGACUGUGUUCAGUGUGUGGAGUUAAUGAGUUAUUAAAGCAGAGCUGCAACAUUUCAGUAAAGCAGAGAACAGUUAGUUUUAUGUUCUUCAAAGGCUCCCACUGUCCCCUAGCUCCUCCCUCUCUGUACCGUGUGACAACAACAACUCAUCCACAGAGCGGUGCUGCACUUUUCAGCUCAUUUUCCUCCUGUCAUUCCUCCUCCUAUCUUUGAUCAUUGUCCCCUCUGAGAAAAAAGAGAAAAACUCACUCAGCACGCCUUUUUCGCUCUAGCUCGUUUUUUUUUUUACUUCUCAACUUAACUGAGGAGCUAAACUCUGAAGGAUUUCUCAUCUAGGGGUGUCUCGGCAGGCUGGCUUUUUUACUUUGAACUUCGGGCAGCUCUCCUUCCCCCUCUCGUAGGUGACCAUGGCCGUACCGGCUGCUCUGAUCCCACCAACUCCUCUCGUCCCGCCGCCUCCGAUCUCCACUCCCUCCGCCACCACGUCCCCGCCGUCGACAACUUCGUCCCCGUCUCCAUCCCUGGCGCCGCCGUCGGGACCUGGUCAGAACCUGUUCAGAUCGGAGCUCCUCGGCACCAGCAGCCCGGGCAUCCCGACCCCGACCGCGGCUUUGCCCCCGAGCAAGCCCGUCUACUCGACCCCGUCGCCCGUCGAGAACAUCCCGCAGAACAACGAGUGCAAGAUGGUCGAGCUGCGCGGCGCCAAGGUGGCUUCGUUCACCGUGGACGGCUGCGAGCUCAUCUGCCUCCCGCAGGCGUUCGACCUGUUCCUGAAGCACCUGGUCGGCGGGCUGCACACGGUCUACACCAAGCUGAAGCGGCUGGAGAUCACGCCGGUCGUGUGCAACGUGGAGCAGGUCCGCAUCCUCAGGGGGCUGGGUGCCAUCCAGCCGGGGGUGAACCGCUGCAAGCUCAUCUCCAGAAAGGACUUCGAGACGCUCUACAACGACUGCACCAAUGCGAGCUCCAGACCCGGCCGGCCCCCAAAGAGGACCCAGAGUGUGACGUCGCCGGAGAACCCCCACAUCAUGCCCCACUCGGUGCCUGGACUCAUGUCCCCUGGCAUGAUGCCUCCCACAGGUAAUCUGGUCUUUCUUGGAGGACAGAUCGGCUGUGUGGCUAUAAACUGUGGCUCUUCCCACAAGUUAGAGAGCAUCAGAGAGCUCCACUGCGGCACUCCCCCUGAGCGGCACCUGAUUUGUGGGGGAAAUUUAUCACACAAACAGCCCAGAGGCCUGACAGCGGCCGCGGCAGCAGCUGCCAACGCAGCCAUCGCAGAGGCCAUGAAGGUCAAGAAGAUCAAGCUGGAGGCGAUGAGCGGCUACCACGGCAACGCCAACCACCACGGAGCUGAUGGGGAGAAUGGAGACCUCAGCUCCGGCGUUGGCCUCGAACUCCCCUUCAUGAUGAUGCCACACCCCCUGAUCCCAGUCAGCCUGCCGCCAGCCUCUGUCACCAUGGCAAUGAGCCAGAUGAACCACCUCAGCACCAUUGCAAACAUGGCUGCUGCAGCCCAGGGCCAGAGUCUGCCUUCCAGAAUGGUCACCUCUGUUAUAAAGGGGUUGCAGGAACGUGUGCUGGACAGUCCCUCCCCUGCUCCCUCCUUAGAAGACAACAGGAGGCCCGGCAGCCACCCUUCAUCCCACCGGAGCAGCAGCGUGUCCAGCUCCCCAGCCCACACAGAAAGCUCUUCAGACAGGAUACCAGCACAUCACAAUGGGCUGUCGAUGAACCAAGCCCUCCUAGGCCUGUCCCCCAACCUUGCCCCUGGUCCUAAAGAAGGAGACCUCGCCCACGACAUGAGUCAUGAAGUGAAAAGGAUGCACACUGACAAAGAGGACAAUUCCAUGUGUACUCCAACAGCAAGAGACAGCUAUGAGAGGUUGUCACUGGCUGGACAGACUCUGCCUCCAGGUUUUCCAUCGCCAUUUCUCUUCCCAGAUGGACUGUCGUCAAUAGAAACUCUUCUCACCAACAUACAGGGCCUCCUAAAAGUAGCCAUUGACAACGCCCGGGCUCAGGAGAAGCAGGUGCAGCUGGAGAAGACGGAGCUGAAGAUGGAGCUGUUCAGAGAGCGGGAGCUCCGGGAGACUCUGGAGAAGCAGCUCGCCAUGGAGCAGAAGAAUAGAGCAAUCAUCCAGAAGCGUCUGAAGAAGGAGAAGAAGGCCAAGAGGAAACUGCAAGAAGCUCUGGAGUACGAGUCAAAAAGGAGGGAGCAGGCGGAGCAGACUCUGAAGCAGCCGUCGCCCUCAGACAGCAUGCGCUCCCUCAACGACUCUCUGACCCCUGAGAUGGAGAGUGACCGCGGCAGUGGAAGAACAGAUGCUGAAAGGACAAUACAAGAUGGAAGACUGUUCCUGAAAACUGCAGUGAUGUACUGAUAAGCCCGCGAGGAGCUGGAGGACAGAAAGAUUUUAUAUUAAAAAAAAAUAAUAAUUAAAAUAAAAGGACUGAAAGAAAAACCCAUGAAGGUUCCGGGGAAGCCCCUAACCCAGGCCGAUUUAGCUGAAGAGAGUUCAAGCUGCUCAUAAGUGGAAAUGCUGUGUUCACCCCCAAACGCUGGAGGAGUCUGAAUGUACAACGAAGAAGUCUUUUCCAUCACGGAAGGAAAACCUAAAGUAAUCUGAUGAGGCAGUGUUUUAAUGCAUCAGGUUCAUCGACGUGAAGGAUAAACUCAUAGAACCGAGCACAGUAAAAAUGUACCCAAGGUGCAUUGUUGGUAAUAACUCCUAAGUUCACAGCACUGAAGAUUUUUUAUACUGUAUCUCAGCCAGCGAGAAAGCUUUGAAAUAAAAAUUCGACUGAAGUUUUGUUUUUGUAUUUCAAAAUAAAUCCUGAGAAGCUAAAAGAAAAAAAAAAAAGAUGAACAUUGUGGAGGAGAGGGGGAAAAAAUGUGAAUCUAUCCACGCGGUCAUCAAAAGAAAGAAGAUCUGUUUGAUUUUCAUGUUUUCUAAAUUAGAUGAGAAUACAAUCAAGUUCCGUUUUUACCAUCGUUGUACAUACAAGAGCUAAUGAUAAAGAUAGGAAGACUCACUCUGCUGAACCCGAGGUAAGGUAUGUGUAUAUAACGUUAAGAGGUAUUGUGUAUGCAGUAGAGCUAAUAGGCAAACAAUACCGCCAUUUAUAUAAACCUUUCCCAUUUUUGUUCUAUCUCUGAGCCAUCAUCCUUUCCUAUAGCUGCCAUUUUCUGGCGAGAAAGCAUGCAGGCAUGUAAAUGUUUGUCCUGGAAUUAUGAUAUUUAAUAAAUCCUAUAUUGUCCUGAACAAAUAACCAGGGUGGACUCGCCCAAGCCCAGACAAUUCUAAAAUCAUGAUUAAGGAUGUUUUACUCUCAAAACGAAGACUUUUGCUGUUGAUAGUACUGUAAUCUUUGUAACAGAGGUCAUAUUUCUUGGAAUUUACUGUCUAUUGUCCUCUUGAGACACUCUUAAAAUCAGCACACCUUGUUGCUUUCUUUUUGUUUGUAAGUAUCUGGUCUGAUUAUCAUCACGUGCCAGCUUGAAACAAUCAGUUAAGGACGCUACUUUUUAAAAAGCGAAUACCACUUUAUUACAUUGUGUUUAACACAUUUAGUUUUCAGAGUGUUUCAUGAUACCCUGAUGAGAAGAAGAAAAAUACUUUCCUUUCCCUAAAGACUUUUGAAUUGUGGUGCUGAAACACCUGUGUAUAUUCUCUAGUCAUGAGCUGAUGUCAGUCCUUUAUCUGCUUAACAAUUUAGACCUUAUGUGUUACAAUCAAAAAGACGAGGAGGAGGAAGAAGAAGAAGGGAAGCGUAUCCCAUGUUCACGAUGUGUUUGUUCCUUUUGUUCUUAAUGGAGUGUCUAAGUCUGUUGUCACUGAUAACUUAUAUAGCUUCUCAAAUCAUCUCUUUCAUUGUACUUCAAAUUCAAAUAAAGUUAAAAUGUUGAUGA